UAUAGGUGGUGUUUGUUUUUACUGAAGAAAGAGAAACAAAUAGCAUAUAAUUAAUUAAAUUUUAAUUAUUAUGAACUUGAGAAAUGAAUAUUUUAAAGCAACUUAUUAUAUAUAGAAAUAGAAGGUUUAAAAAACGUGUUAACCAAACAAUGUGUAUGUAUCUUCUUCGCAGCGAAACAAGUCGUCUUGAAUUCCCUGAUAGCCUUUAUCCUGAAGACCAACAACCUGAGAUCUACCAACUAGAAGGGCAGCUGAACGCUAACAUUAACGCAACGAUCUAAAGCAAAAACAUGUUACGUGACCUGAGGCCCUCUUUACAGUUCAUACUCAGGCAGUGGCCCCCCAGCACGAUCUUCUGAAAAUCCCUGGAAAAAGUUACAAUCUUGUAACCACAUUGCUUGGCCAUUCUGCCUGACCAGAGCCAAUAUUCCCCUGCUAUAGAUUCCUCCUUCCUCCCUGUUUCACAUGCUCACUUCUACUACUACUUAGCACUUCACUUUGUCACCGAGCCUCCCAUACCAUCGUGGCAUUGUGAGCGUUGAAAUGGGAGAAAUUUGUCUCCGGUAAAAACUGCAAUUUGCACCGAGUAAUAGUAUUUGUGUGUUUUUUCCGAGGUUUCUUGUGCUAAUCGGUGACUUUUUACCCGUAAUCACGCGGGCAAAAGCGCAGACACACGAGAGAGAAGCCACCACCACCUCGGCAUCUCCUCGUCCUCGAGCCCAAUACUAUACUACUCCUUUGACUCCUCCGCUUUAAAAUUUCCCUCUCCUCCCCCUUGCACAUGACACCGCAGCUAAGCUCGCAGCAGCAGCAGCUCACGACAAAGCUCUCACGAACACGCAGCCGCAUCCGCAUCCGCACCACCACCGAGAGACCACAAGAAGGGAGGAGGAGGAGGAGGGGGAGGAGAGACGGGAGCAAUGGGGAACAGCAUUGGGGGCAAGAGGAAGGGAGCCAAGGUGAUGCAGCUGGACGGGACGUCGUUCCGGGUGAAGCCGCCGGCGGUGGCGGCGGACGUGCUGCGCGACCACCCGGGGUUCCAGCUGCUGGAGUCGGAGGAGGUGAAGCUCCUCGGCGCGCGGGCGCGGCCGCUCGCGCCCGACGCGCCGCUCCGACGCGGGAGGCUCUACUUCCUCGUCGCGCUCCCGCGACGCCCCGCCGCGGGGCCGCCGCGACGCGCCUGGUCGGGGAACCUCCGCGUCGGCGCCCGGGAGCGCCUCGAGUCGCUCAUGCUCGCCCGCCGCUCCACCUCCGACCUCUCCUCCUUCCCCGCCGCCCAGGCAUCCGCCUCCGCCCCGACCUCCCCGCUCCCCGGCAGCGCCUGCUCCGGCGCCGCCACCCCCGUGCGACUCAAGAUGCGGCUCCCGAGGGCGCAGGUGGAGAAGCUGAUGGGGGAGAGCAAGGACGCGUCCGAGGCGGCCGCCAAGAUCAUGGAGCUCUGCGCCGCCGCGGGCGCCAAGAGCGCCAGCGUGACCCCGGAGAGGCCGCCCGGGAUCUUGCGGAGCCCGCGGUUCGCGGCGACGCCGGAGUGGGGAGCCGGGUUCAUGGUGCCACCGCCGGCGCCCGGAGCGGCCAAGACGCCGCAGAGGUGGCCGACGCUGCCUCGCACCAAGGAGAAAAAAGCAAGGUUCGUGGCGCUGCCGGAUGAGCUGAUAGCGUGAUUUGUAUUUCUGAAACUGAAAUGGGUUAACAUUGUACUGUCACAAAGCAUGUUUGGUGACUGUCAAGCAGACCAGAAGAUAUGAAAUUAUAAACCUAUCUUCUGUGUUCUGUCUGAGCUAUGCUCUUCUGAGUAACCAAAAACUAUAGUUUGAAGAUGAGAAGCCGCCGAUGGGCUUCCAAUUCAUCUUGGUUUGACAUCUAAUUAGCGUGUUUUUGGCUUCUCUACUCUAUGUGUGUUUUUUUAAUUAGCUUCAGUUUGGUGGCUUA